UAGAGGCCGCAUACCUCCUUAGGAUGCAGUAUAGACCUGUCCAUUGGCUGGCAGACAUCGGUUCUUUUUCGAAACGACAACGACUCAUGAAACCGAGAGGAUAGAGGGUACGAGUCGUGUUAAACACACUGGUGUGUCGAUACGUCAUGAGGUAUACUGUUGUACAUGCGUGAUCGUUGUUCUCUGAACGGUAUAAUUUUUCUGGAAACCAAAGUGAACUGCCAAACGCGGAAAUACACGUGGAGUGAUGAUGAGUUGAUACGGCUGCAAGGAAGAAGGAUCUUGGACUGAUUUUAUGAGGUGACGAUGUGGACGAUUUUACUCUUCAUCCUCUCCACGUGGUCUUCGUCAUGGGGUCAGGUGAUCAACAGAGCACCACAUUUCGUGCAAGGUGGCGACAUGGCCAGACUGGCUGUGUCGGAAGGGACACCUCCAGGUGCACCUGUGUACACUCUCAAGGGAGAAGAUCCAGAAGGAUCCAAGUUACAUUACUCGAUCAGUGGUGAAUAUUUCACUGUGAACCGGGACAGCGGUGUCGUUGUUCUCAGAAAGGCGUUAGACAGGGAGAUCCAGGACUUGAUCGAAGUGAUCAUCAGCAUAACGGAUGAAGGGAUCGCGGGAUCAGAGCCAAACACCGUGUCCCUUCGGCGUGAGAUAGCGGUGCUAGAUGAAAACGAUAAUCCACCGGUGUAUCACGGCAGACCUUAUGCAGCCAGGGUGCCAGAAAGUGCACACGUGGGUGGUCUGCUAGUUCCUCCUGGCACCAUCACGAUCACGGAUCGCGAUGGCGGUGUAAACGCUGAUGUUCACGUGGAAUGCGUCUCCACGUCGCGAGACGAUGACGUGUGCGAGGUCUUCGUCGUUUCUACAGAAAAGUUGGCAGAGGGCAAGUACGACGUGCAGAUCACUCUGUCGAAGUCGCUCGAUUACGAGAGGAGGAAUUCGUACUUGAUCAACCUGCUGGCUGUGGACGGUGCCAGUGACGUCUCGAAGAGGUUACAAGCCAGGGCAACAGUAGCCGUGGACGUUCUCGACGUUCAGGAUCAGCCACCCGUGUUCCUGAACGCGCCGUACAGCGCGGCACUUCCGGAGAACACGCCAGCUAGUCACACGAUCCUGACAAUCAGAGCGCGCGACGGUGACACGGGUGAACCGAGAGCUCUCCUGUUAACUCUCGAGGACGAGGAAUCGGGCCACUUUGAUCUCGACGUGUCGAGAGAGGGUGACGUGACGGUGGGCAAGCUGGUUACAAGCAACGUUUCCCUCGACCGAGAGGAUCCCAGAAUCCUGCAAAAUGGUGGCAUUUAUACGUUUCAAGUGAAAGCCACGGAAUUAAUCAACAACGAGAUUCCAGCUGACACGGCAACCUCGAUCGUCACGAUCGUCGUCACAGAUGUCGACGAUCUGAUGCCUGUGUUCAACGACAAGUAUUUUAACAUCAAAAUCUCGGAGGACAUAGGUAAAGAUACACCUUUGCCGGGAUUGAACAUGAUAGUGAGCGACGGAGACGUUGGGGAGAACGCGAAGUACACAUUGGCCCUUAGGGAUGCUCCGGAUUAUCCUGGAGUUAGUAAAGCUUUCGUUGUGAGUCCUGAGGAAGCUCAAGGUCGUGUGCCGGUUGUGGUCAAAGCGAAAGACGUCGAUGUGCUGGAUUACGACGUGGACGAUCCUUCUAAGAGGCAACUUGAGUUCGACGUUGUUGCGCUCGUUGCAAGCGAAGUGGUAGCCACAAGCAGAGUUCACGUUGAAUUAAUGGACGCCAACGAUCAUAGUCCCGAGUUCUCUCAAUCAAUCUACAAAUUAUCCGUGCUAGAAGACGCCGAGAUAGGCACACGAUUUGGCAAUGUGUUUGCCAGAGACUACGACAGUGAUUCUUUCGGGGAAUUGACUUACACUCUGCGUGGCUUUGGUGCUGACAAAUUCAAAACCAAUCCAAAGAUAGGCGGAAUUUCAGUAGCGAAGCCAUUGGACUACGAAGUACAAAAAUCGUAUUCAUUGACGAUGGAGGCUAAAGACGGAGGCGGAAGAGUGUCUGCUGUGAACAUUCUGAUAGAAUUGGACGAUGUUAAUGACAAUAAACCGAUCUUUGAACAAACUGAAUAUACGAGAACGAUUAGAGAAGGAGCGACCAGUUUCGAUCCACAGAUGUUUGUUAGAGCGACUGACGUCGAUGGUCCAGCACAAGGAAAUGGAAACGUGACAUACUCUAUUAUUUCGCAUAACAGCAUGACGAACGAUGUUUUCAAGAUAAAUCCAGAUACCGGGGAAGUGACAAUGACGAAACCAGUGCGUUCAGACGACACAGAAAGAGGUAUUUACGAACUAGUGAUUCAUGCUACGGACGCUGGGACGCCGCCAUUAUCUUCUGAAGCGAAACUAUCGGUCAGAGUCGGAGUACCUGGUAACCAGAAGCCUGUCUUCCGUGGAAAUUAUAAAUCUAAUUUACCAGGGCCUAGUACUUAUCGGGCGAGAUUGCUAGAGAACGCAUCACCUGGAACGGAAGUCAUUAGAGUCGUGGCAAACGACCCUGACGGAAGAGACAGCUUGUUGCAGUACCACAUCGCAUCCGGUGCUAAGGAUAAUUUUGUCAUAGAUCCCAGUUCUGGUGUCAUCACGGUUUCGCCGGAUGCUCGAUUGGAUUUGGAAACCGGAGGAGAGAAAUAUGAAGUAAUUGUUUACGCUAUAGAUUCUGGCACACCCGUUAGAGAAACCGCUACGACAACUGUUACAGUGAACAUGGUAGACGUGAACAAUAAACCACCGACGUUCAACGAGUCGACGUAUCUGGUUUACGUGUCAGAAAGGGCAGCUAUCGGUGAACCAGUACUGAAAGUAGUAGCAACAGAUCCAGACUCGGACGCUUAUUUGGAAUACUCUUUAGUAGAACCUAUCAGAGCUGUCGACAAAACCGGCGUGGCUCUUAAGAGCACAACUUCCUACGAUUACAAAACGGCGUUCCGAAUAAAUUCGAUGAGUGGUUUGAUUACGGUAAAUCGUGUAUUAGACUAUCAAGUGGCUGCGGUAGUAAUCUUGACCGUUCAAGUGCAAGAUUUGAAUGCUAUCGCUGAUAAAGAGAAGCAGAUUACGCAGGUCGAGGUGACGAUUUACAUCCAAGCAUACAGCGACGACAAUCCAACGUUUACGAAUCCAGGAUGGUCGCCUAAUAAUCCUACAAUCAAGAUCUCUGUGCCAGAGGAACAACCUCUCGGUACUACUUUGUUAAUGUUGUCAGCCAAAGAACCUACCACUGGCUAUGCUGUUCAGAGAUUUGAAUUGGUGAGGGAAGAUGAUGACGAAGGUUACGUGAACGUCGGUGUUCAAAGUGGAAACGUUGUUCUGAGUAAGAGGCUGGAUUAUGAAGCUCUGAAUCAGAAGUUCAUUCGGUUCAAAGUGCGUGCAUUAGCACGGGAUUACGAGAUAACGAGAAAGAUGUCCGAGGCAAACGUAAUGGUCGAAGUGCAAGAUACGAACGACAACAGUCCUAUCUUUGCGCAAAAGGAUUACAAAAUUUCUGUACUAGAGUCAGCAAAGCCUUCGAGGGUUGUAUUAAACGUCAGAGCCACGGAUGUGGAUAGUUCCAGUACGGAACAGGAAGUUAAGAGAGGAUAUGGUGAGGUGAGAUACUCUUUAGUUGGAGAGAACGCUAACAUGUUCGAGGUGGAGCCAAUAACUGGAAACAUUCAGAUUGCAACCAAUACGACGCUUGAUAGAGAAAAACAGUCGGUUCUUCGUUUCUACGUCGUUGCAUCGGACAUCCCUCAAGGUGGAGCAGAACAGAGAAGCACCAGAGCUUUGGUCACUGUAGACGUUUUAGACGUCAAUGACAACACCCCGACAUUUGAGCAAGAAUCUUAUACAGCCGUGAUACCUGAGAACGCUCCAUCAGGUGUCAAUGUAGUGAACAUCACUGCCACAGACCCGGAUGAAGGAAACGGAGGAAUAAUUAACUAUGAAAUCAUCGACGAGGGUGAAGCAAGUGGGCUGUUCGAAAUAAAUCACGCGACCGGAGAAAUUUACUCAGCUCGAGAAUUGACGGGCAAAGGACGAACGGAGCCGUACAUAAUGCGAAUCAGAGCUCAGGAUGGUGGCGAGCCGGAGCUCUACUCCGACGUGAUUCUGACUUUAUACAUCGGCGAUGUAGUGAGCAACGAUGGCGUUCCUCUUUUCAUCAGACCCACUCUCGAGGAAGUAGCCCACGUAGCCGAGAACUCAACGAUUGGCAGCCCGGUGUUCCAAGUCGUGGCUUCAGAUCCCGACGAUCCAAAUUUACCAAACGGGAAGAUCACAUUCAAAUUCCUCGAGGAUGGAAACUUCGGGAAAGACGCGAGUGCCUUCAGGAUCAACAGCGAGACUGGCUUGAUUACCACUAGAAAAUUAUUGGAUCGUGAGACGAAGGACAGUUACACGUUGAUAUUAGUGGCACAAGACUUGGGAAGUCCUCCACAGCAGGCAACCAGGGUUCUCCAAGUGAUCGUGAGCGACAUCGACGAUCACAAGCCUCAUUUCAAACGGAAUCUCGACAGUCCACCUAUAGAACUGACGAUAUUCGAGGAGGAGCCAAUUGGAGCGAAGGUUGGCGCGAUCGAGGCGAUUGACGAAGACAUCGAGGAGAAUGGAAUGAUCGAUUAUUCGAUCGUCUACGGAAACGAGGCUAGUCUGUUUAUCGUAGAGAGGCUAGAGAACAAUUCGGCAAUCAUCAGAUCGAACGGUCGUUUGGACAGAGAGGCAGCUGAUCGGCAUUUGCUUACUGUUAAGUGUUUCCCCUUUUCUACAAAAAAGAGCGACGUUGUUCCGAAGCCUUACAAUCGACAGGAUCCUUCCGAGAGACAAGUCCUCGUCAAAGUUCUCGAUAUCGACGACAACAGGCCAAAGUUUAAGAGAGAGAACGUCACGUUAGGCGUGCGUCUGAAUGUUCCGAUAGACACGAGUCUGAUCACGUUGGAAGCCUCUGAUGCCGACUCUGACGCCCUUCCGAUUAAUUACAGCAUGGGCAAGGCUUCUUUCACUUCUCUCGUCGACACGUCCAUGUCCAAACGACACAUUCCUUCGCAUUUGUCUCUGAAUCCUCAAACCGGCGAACUCAGAACGACCGGUUCUAUGUCUAGCUACGCGGAUGGUUACAUGGAGAUCAUCGUCACAGCCAAUAACUCGGUUAUCCUAGGCAGAGAGACGAAUAUCACUCUGAGGAUAUUUUUACUGCGCGACAGAGACAUGUUGAAGUUCGUGUUUUCAAAGCCACCGGUAGAAGUCAGGAAGACACUGGAGGAAUUUGAAAGAUCUGUGCAACAAGCCCUGUCAUUGCCUAUAAGUGUCAAUGUGUACGAUACGCAGUUUUAUUCGAAGGAGGACAAUUCUCUGGACUUCUCGUCGACCAGCUCCUGCUUUCAAAUGGUCGGGAAGGAAACAUACGAUUUGGACGAGAUGAAAGCCCUUCUGACUGAUCCGAAGAACGAGGAGUUGAAGAAGGUGUACAGGACGUAUCACGUGGAAAAGGUGCAGAAUUGCGCUGCUGUGGUAGCCAGAGCCGAUGCCUCGAUGACGCAGAUGUGGGUGCUCGCCAUCGCGGUUCUUGUCGGCGUUGCUGCGGUGAUCUCCAGCUGCGCGCUUUGCUGCAUGCACGCCAAAUACAAACGACAUGUGAAACACGCCCGUUUGCGUGAUCAGUCUCGACCACCAUUGAGUUACGUCUCUUCCGGUCCAGGAAUGAUCAGUGCCACGUCACACACGACGCUGGGACCUGGUACCAUGGUUUCUCUGGGGCCGCACGAAGGUCCUUACGAAUGGGGAGCGGACACAACUCUCUAUCAUCCGAGUACUCUCGGUUCCAGGACGUAAACGAAUUAUUUGUCUGAGAUUAAAUAUUCAAAUUCGAAAAAGGAAAAAUUUGGAUCGUCUCUGAGAACAGAAUGUAAAGAUUUUUAUCCCUUUUGUAUAGAGGACACCUUAAGAGAAACUUCGUUUAGAAAUUUCGAUGAGAGACAUCGAUUGUAUUACUUUGAUAUUAUUUAACGAACAUGCCAUAUUGAGAUUUUUAUUUCGUAAAAAAGUAUAGUUGCAAGAGGAAAUAUCAUAGGAGUAGUAAGUGUGAUACGAGAUGAAAUUGAAGAUUAAUAGUAGAAACGUUAGGCAUAAGCAUUCGCGGGGAAUGAAAUGUUCGAUUUGUCAAUCGAAAAAUAUAAUUGGAAAUCUUUCAGAUGAAUGUAUCCGAUUAUCAUAAUUACAAACGCCAAUCAAAAGUACAGUACAGCUUUAAUACUUGCUCGUAGCUAUUCGUUAGCUUCGAACGUUAUUUUAUUCAUUUACUCACGUAAUUUAAAAAUCUAAAAAUCAUUCAAACGCGUUAAUACUAUUUCGAAAUCGGUGAAUUCAUGCAUUUAACGAGAAAUAGAAAAAUUAUGAACAGACAGUUUUAAGAACUGACUGUGUUUUCUCGUUGGAAACGCUCGGGAAAGGAAAACUCGAAGCACAAAUGAAUAUAUUGUAUUAUACAUACAUAGUAAGGAAAUGAGAAUCGUGUAACGAAGUCGACGAAUGGUGCUAUAAUGUAAGAUGGAAAAGUUCGUGCCAAAAUAUAAGGACACGUGUAAAAUGCGAUACUAUUUAGAAUUAAGCGGAACUAACUCGCGUGAAUUGUAUAUUUCUUCGACUGUACACGGAUCUGACUCACAAACACUCGCGACAUUGUCAACACGCGCUUGUAAUAUAUGCAGUAUUUAAGGAGGAAAUAAAAAAAAAAAUGUACAUUUGAGUUAUGUUUAUAAAAAAGAAGAAAAAAUAUCGCUGUGUGUGUUUUUUUUUCUGUAUACCAAUUUGAUUACAGUCCUGAAUCGACUUUCGAAUCAAUGUAAUGUAAAUUAAAAGCUUACGUACAAAAUAAGGUAUUCCCACGUCAUAUUUAAAGAAAAAAAGAAAAAAAAAAUCCUGAAUCA